AUGCGCCACCCCAGCCUCUCCCUGUUGGGCUUUCUGUGGGCCUGGCUGCCCCUCUUCUACUGCCAGCCGGUGAAGAUCGAAAGGGUCAUCGCCGACGCGAAAGGCCUCGCCGAGAUCAUUAUUGCCAGGAUCCAGGGGCACCAGUUCCCUCCGGUGAGCCUAAGGAUCCAUGGCUUGGACUUCAUCCCAGAGGAGCUUCCCAUGCAGAGCCUGGAGACCGUGGAUGCCGCUCUGGGCAUCUUCCACCGCGUCCUCUCCAGCUUGCCCUAUGAAGCUCCGGUGGCCCAAAUCUCCAACGACGUGGAGAACCUGCAGAGCCUCAUGCGGCUGCUGGGUGUCCUCAUGGGCUGCCCCAUCCAGAGACCCCCUUCCUCCGAUGACCUGGGCAACCUGACGGAGCUGCUGGCCAAUUCUCCGUACACGACGUCCGCCGUGACUUUGGGCCGCCUCCAGAGGUGCCUGCAGAGCAUGGGCAGCUACCUGGACUAUGGUCAGCACUGCUAG